AUGAGUGUUAAAAGGACCAAGGCAUCUAGCAGUAAAGCCACCAAUAGAGAUUGUGACAUGAGUGAUCCAAGGACCCAGGUAGCUAGUAGUUAUGCCAUUAACACAAGGGGUGGUAAGACUGAUACAGAGACCAGGGCAACUAAUAAGGAUCAUGUUGUGGUUCAUGAGUCAAGUAACAGUGAUAUGGAUGAUGAAUGGAAAUGCUCAACUGAUGGUAAGAAUAGUUUGGAAGAGAGUGAUACGGAUGUGGAUCUUGAUGAGGAAGACAUGUCAUGUGAUGACCUUGGGGGUGAUGAGGGAAUGGAGAAGUCUGAGGAGGAAAACAUUGAGAAAUGUGAUGAUAAUGAUGUAUUAUCUGGUUUUGAGUCUGAUGACUAUUAUGGGCAUUUCUUUGAUAAUGAUAAAUUUCAUGAUGGAAAAAUAAGUUUAGAGACUGGGAUGCUUUUUGAUAAUGUUGAUCAUUUCAGGCAUGUACUUCACAGUUAUGUUAUUCAACAAGGUUUUGAGAGACUGUUUGUGAAGAAUGAAAAGGCAAGAGUUACUGUUGUGUGUAAGGCACCGGAGUGUACAUGGAGAGUGCAUGCUUCACCUAGUAGUGAUGGAGUCACAUACAUGAUUAAGUCAUAUUGUAAUGAGCAUAGUUGUGCCAGAAAGUACACAAAUAAGUCUAUUACAUCUGGUUGGAUUGCUAAAGAACUUGCCUAUCAGUUGAAGAUGGAUCCUGAAAUGAAGACCAAGGCAAUGGCUGCUUAUAUUAUGGAAAAGUAUAAUGUAACAGUCCCUUAUGUUUCAUUGUACAGAGCAAAAAAGAAAGCCCGUAUAGCCAAUGAAGGUAGUCAUGCAGAGUCAUUUGGCAAACUAAAUCAUUAUGGUGAAGUGAUGAGAGAUAGAAAUCCAGGUAGUCUUUUUAGACUCAAUUUUCAUCAAAGGCAGGUAUUCACAGAGCCUCCAAUUUUUAAGAGAGUGUUUCUUUGUUUCAAAGCUUGCAUAAAUGGUUUUGUGAGGGGUUGUAGACCAUUUAUAGGUCUUGAUGGUUGCCAUCUCAAGGGUGUGUAUGGAGGAGUUCUACUGGCUGCUAUAGCUGUUGAUGGAAACAAAGGAUUGUUUCCCAUUGCAUAUGGUGUGGUUGAAAGUGAAGGUAGAGAAAGUUGGCAGUUUUUCUUAACAAAUUUAUAUGCCGCUCUACACAUUUACAUGGAUGAUAUGACCAUCACAUUUAUAUCUGAUAAACAAAAAGGGCUACAUGAGGCCAUUAAUGAGACAUUUGCAGGCCAUCACCAUAGAUGUUGCAGUAGGCAUCUGUAUCAAAACUUCAACAAAAGGUUUCCAGGUGUGUUACUAAGAAGACUUUUUUGGUCAGCAUCUAAGGCAUCUAAUUCAUUCUUUUUUGAGAAAGCAAUGAAUGACAUGAAAGACAAGAACAAAGAAGCAUAUGAUUGGUUGAGUAAAAAUCCUCCCAACAUGUGGGCUAGACAUGCAUUUGAUUUUAGAUGCAAGAGUGACCAUAUAACAAAUAAUAUGAGUGAAUCAUUUAACCAGUGGAUUAACCCUUUUAGGAACAAGCCCAUUCUGAUUGUAAUUGAUGAGAUAAGGAAACAAUUGAUGUCAACAAUGCAUAAAAGGUAUGAAUUGGGUUGCACCUUUAAGGGAAUAGUCACACCAAAGAUCAAGAGAAAGUUGGAUUUGCUCAGUGAAGAAUCUAGAGGGUGUAUUCUCCGUCCUGCUGGAUUAGAUGAGUAUGAAGUCUCAGAUAGGGAUGGCAGUUAUGAGGUUAAUUUGAAAAAUCACACUUGUGGUUGCAGAGCGUGGGAAGGUACAGGAAUACCUUGUAAGCAUGCAACCUGUUGUAUUCUUUACAAGAGGCACACAUUGGAAAGCUAUUGUGAUGAUUACUAUAGUGUAAAAAGAUACUUGGAGGCUUACAAGGAUAUAAUCCACCCAUUACCUGGUUUGGAGCAGUUAAAAUCUGAGCAUCACCUAGGUACUGUUCAGCCUCCACCCUUGAAGAGGUUACCAGGAAGACCACAUAUCAAUAGGAGGAAGGAACCUGAUGAAGGAGCAUCUGGAGAGUUUAGAAAAAGAUUUGGAAGUGUCAGAUGUAGCAACUGCAAGGAGGUAGGCCACAACUCAAGGAAAUGCGAAAGAGCUCCAAUUAAAGGGAAGGAAGUAAAGGGAAAGAAGGGAAGUGGGAGCAAAUGUGAUGUCAAUACCUCUCAAAGAUUGACCAGAUCUCAAGCUUCUUCUACCAUCACUUAUGACAAUAUGCAGGCCAAGAUUGAAGCACAAAGGAAAGCCAAGGAAGAUAAAAGGAAAGCAAGAGAAAUGAAGAAGAAAUAA